AUGGAGGGAGAAACACGAUUGAAUUCGAAUGGAUUGGAAAAAAGGGUAGAGGAGAAAACGGAGAGAAUUAACGAUAGCGAUACGGAUAGAGACGAGAAAAUUUACGGCGACGAGGAAAAAGAUCGGGAGGUUGGUUUGAAAGAAAGUAGAGGAGAUAGCGCGGAUAGUGUCGAGGAAUAUACAGAGGAUUUAGAGAAGGGAAGAGAGAAAGAGAAAGAUAGAGCGCGGGGAGAAGGUAAAGGGGAGGAUUUGGGAAUUGGAGAAAUUGGAAUCAUUGAGAAGGGAGAUAGGGAGAGGAAUAUCGAGAAGGAAGCGCAUUAUCAUCACGGUAUGCCAAAAGGCUGGAUGGCAAUGAAAGAGCCACGCGGAAGAUCGAAACAAAAGUCUAGAAAUAAGGCGGGGGAGAGAAUGAAUGGAACGAAUACGCAGACGGGAAUGUCGAAUACGGAGAUUGCGAAAGGGCGGGAGAAUGAGGAGGGGAGAGGAACAGAAGAUCAAGUGGAGGAUAUAGAUGAUUUGGAUUUGACGGAGUUGAAUAGCGGGGAUGAUUUAUUACCGGAUGAGGAGGAAGGGGGUGUGAGGAGGGGUGGAGUCGGCGGAGAUGGUGUUGCGGAUGAGGGAUUGCGGAGAAGAAGUUCGGAGCGUGGUGCUGGGGGUGCGAAUGCGGGGAAUUUUAAAGUGUAUAAGAGGAGGUGGUUUGGAUUGGUACAAUUGGUUCUUUUGAACGUUAUUGUUAGCUGGGAUUGGUUAACCUUUUCUGCGAGCUCGACGACGGUUUCGCAGCAUUACGAUGUCUCUGAAUCUGCGAUUAAUUGGCUCAGUAUCGCUUUCCUUUUUGCAUUCGUGCUGGCUAGUCCGUUUGUUAUCUAUGUGCUGCAUCAUGGAGGACCUAAACCGGCUAUUGUUAUUUCAUCCGUACUUUUGCUACUAGGGAAUUGGAUACGCUAUGGAGCUACGAGAUCGGGACCGCAUGGAAAUUUUGGAGGAGUUAUGUUUGGACAAAUUUUGACGGGAAUUGCUCAGCCGUUUGUAUUGGCAGCACCCACGAGAUAUUCGGAUUUGUGGUUUACGGAUCAAGGGAGAGUGGCGGCGACAGCGGUGAUGAGUUUGGCUAAUCCUUUUGGAGGCGCAUUGGCACAAUUGAUUGAUCCCUUUUGGGCCGGAAGUGUGGGGAGUAUACCGAAUAUGGUGCUUUACAUUUCCAUUAUUUCCACCAUAGCAACCAUCCCCUCCUUCUUUGUCCCCAAAGCACCACCAACCCCCUGUUCUGCGUCCUCGGAAGAACCAAAACAUGCCCUUGGCGCCUCUCUUCGCUUCCUCCUCCGAUCCCCCGAAUUCUACAUGAUGAUGUUCCCCUUCUGGAUCUACGUCGGUCUCUUCAACAGUAUCUCCUCCCUGAUAAACCAAAUUCUCUCACCGUAUUCCUUCUCCGAAACCGACGCCGGUAUCGCGGGGGCUCUCCUCAUCGUCGUCGGUCUCGUCACUGCCGCCAUCACCUCCCCUCUCAUCGACCGCACAAAAUCCUAUCUCCUCGCUAUCAAAAUCCAAAUCCCCAUCUUGGGAAUCUGCUACCUGGCAUUUACCUGGGCGCCCCAAACACGCAGUCUCGCGGCUAUCUAUACCAUUCUUUCGCUGCUGGGCGCGGCGAGCUUCAGUCUGGUGCCCGUGGCCUUGGAAUAUUUAAUCGAAAUCACGCAUCCGGUGUCCCCGGAGGUGACGAGCACGAUUGGUUGGUCGGGGGGACAGUUGUUGGGUGGAAUCUUAAUUAUUGUGAGUGAUCAGUUGAGAGCUGGGGGUGUUUCGGAUGGGUCAAGUGAUGAUGGGAGUGUGAGGCCCCCUGGGAAUAUGUAUAAUGCGUUGGUUUUACAAGCGGUGUUGGCGUUGGUGGUGGUGCCGUUGCCGUUGGCAUUGGGGUGUUGUGGGAGGGGGAGGGGAGUGAGGAUGAGGAGGGUAGAGGCAGAUAGGGUGGCUGGUGCCAGUGCGAGGAGGAGAAUUGCGGAUGCGGAUGGGGAUGGGGGUGUGAAUACGGGGGGAGAGGGUGUACUUACGUAG